AUGCCUGCAAAGAACAUGUUUGGAAUCAUCGGAGUCGAAUACCAGCUUCCCUCGCUUUACAUCAGCCAAGAGGAGGUUGCCAACAACAUCGACUUUGAAGUUGACAAGAUCAAAAUAGGGCUGGGGCUGGAGCAGAUGGGUGUUCCGUCCCGAAGAGAAGACGCCAUUUCCCUUGCACUGAAUGCAGUCAGCAGGCUUAUGAAGCGGUACAACGUCGAUCCCAUGGCCAUUGGAAGGCUCGAGGUUGGUACAGAAAGUAAUCCAGAUGGAUCCAAGUCGAUCAAGUCAUAUCUUACAGACCUGUUUCCCGGAAACACCUCUAUAUGCGGCUGCGACAAUGUACACGCCUGCUACAGCGGCACAAACGCACUACUGAGUGCAAUUGCAUGGAUGGAGUCGUCUUUCUGGGACGGAAGGCUUGCAAUCGUUGUUGCCAGCGAUGUAGCCAUGUACAAGGACAAGAGCUGUCAACCAACAGGAGGGGCCGGGGCGGUUGCAAUUCUUCUGGGGCCAAACUGCAUCUACAGGGUUGUUCCGUCAAGCGUCAUCCACUACUUUACGAACCAGUUUGACUUCAUGAAGCCUAGGGAGCUACAUCCGUUUCCUGUUGUCAAGGGAAAGGAGUCGAUAGAGAACUACAGGACAGCAUUCGAGAUAUGCUAUGGAAGGUUCAGGGAGAAAAUGGCAGAGGAGAGCUCCUUCGACUACAUUGUGCUCCACUCCCCAUACACAAGACUCCCGGAGAAGAUAUGCAUUGCAAACCAUAUAGACAGGAAAAAGCUUCUAAGGUCUUUGGAGGCGUCCAGAAGAAACGGAAACGCAUAUUCGGCCUCCCUGUAUUUGUCACUAAUCUCCUUGCUUGAGUGUCAUGACGGAGAGGUUGGUGAGAAGAUCUUGAUGUUCUCGUAUGGAUCUGGGGCCUCUAGCUCCAUGUUUUGUCUAGAAAGGAUUUCUAAGGGAUGCAUGGUUACUGGGUUCCGGGAAAGACUAUUGGAAAGAAAAGAGAUAUCCUACCAAGAAUUCACGAAGAUUCUCGAGGAGCCUGUGCCACAGGACAACUACGAGGCCCAGGAAAGAAUCUACUCGCCUGGUUACUAUCUGAAGAGAAUAUCUUCGUUUGCGAGGUAUUAUGAAUACUUAACGGAAUAA